GGUGGCUCACGCCUGUAAUUUCAGCACUUUGGGAGGCCGAGGUGGCCGGUUAUGAUGUCAGGAGAUCGAGACCAUCUAAAAAUUCGCCAGACGUGCUGGUGCAUGCCUGUAGUCCCAGCUACUUGGAAGGCUGGGGCAGGAGGAUCGCUUGAACCCAGGUGGUGGAGGUUGCAAUGAGCCGAGAUCGCACCACUGCACUCCAGCCUGGCAACAGAGUGAAACUCUCUACCCCACCACAAAAAAAAAAUCUUCAACAAACAUGAAAAUAUAUUUUACAGUAUUUUAAAGUAAGUAUAUAUUUUUUCCUACAAUGCUGUAGAGUAUUUAAAAUUUAUAGGGAUACCAGAGUCUUCUAGUUCAUAAUGUCUGUUUAGCCCAGCUCCAGAAGAUGUGAAAAAUGUCACUGAAAUUUUGAUAGGGAUUUCAUCGACUGCUGAUCACUUUGGGGAGUAUGAACAUUUUAACAGUAUUCUUUCAGUUCACGAACAUGAGAUAUCUUUCCAUUUAUUUGUAUCUUUUUCAAUUUUUUUCUUCAAAAGUUAAAAGUAAAAAUAGGGAGUGAUGUGUAAAUUAAGCCAUUCAGGUUUUAACAAUUUAGGGGCCAUUUGAAGGUCCUUGGAGGAAAGAAUACUUCGAUAGCAAACAUUGUGGUGGUUUUAAACCGAAACAGUUUUUAUUUUUUUAUUUUUUCCGAAACAGUUUUUAAUGUCAAGUCAGCCCUAACCAAGCCACAAUAAUCUAUUUUCCUCAGCCCUGGAACAAGAAUUUUGAAAUGUUAUGUUGUUCUACGGUAUGUUGCUGAGUGUAUGCAUGUGUAAGAUUGCUGUUAAGGAGGGCAUAUAAUCUGCUCGGCCUUCUUUAUUGUUGAUUUGUUGCUAAGAAUUCUCUGGUUGAAGAAAAUUAUUUCCUUUUCAGGAAUGUAUUGGGGAUAUGUGUGAGGGUUAUAUCCUGUGUUGUGACCUCAUGGUUUAAGUGGGAAUAAAGAUGAGUAUAAGCAGUGAUGAGGUCAACUUCUUGGUAUAUAGAUACUUGCAAGAGUCAGGGUUUUCUCAUUCAGCAUUUACCUUUGGUAUAGAAAGCCAUAUCAGUCAGUCCAAUAUAAAUGGUGCACUUGUCCCACCUGCUGCAUUGAUUUCCAUCAUCCAGAAAGGUCUACAGUAUGUAGAAGCAGAAGUUAGCAUUAAUGAGGAUGGUACCUUGUUUGAUGGCCGACCAAUAGAGUCUCUGUCCCUGAUAGAUGCCGUGAUGCCUGAUGUAGUACAAACGAGACAACAAGCUUACAGAGAUAAGCUCGCACAGCAACAGGCGGCAGCUGCUGCAGCUGCUGCCGCUGCGGCCAACCAGCAAGGAUCUGCAAAAAAUGGAGAAAACACAGCGAACGGGGAGGAGAACGGAGCACACACUAUAGCAAAUAAUCAUACUGAUAUGAUGGAAGUGGAUGGGGAUGUUGAAAUCCCUCCUAAUAAAGCAGUUGUGUUGCGGGGCCACGAAUCUGAAGUUUUCAUCUGUGCCUGGAACCCUGUUAGUGAUCUCCUAGCAUCAGGGUCUGGAGACUCAACAGCAAGAAUAUGGAAUCUUAGUGAAAACAGCACCAGUGGCUCCACACAGUUAGUACUUAGACACUGUAUACGAGAAGGAGGGCAGGACGUUCCAAGCAACAAGGAUGUGACAUCUCUAGAUUGGAAUAGUGAAGGUACACUUCUAGCAACUGGUUCCUAUGAUGGUUUUGCCAGAAUAUGGACUAAAGAUGGUAACCUUGCUAGCACCUUAGGGCAGCACAAAGGCCCUAUAUUUGCAUUAAAAUGGAAUAAGAAAGGAAAUUUUAUUCUAAGUGCUGGAGUAGACAAGACUACAAUUAUUUGGGAUGCACAUACUGGUGAAGCCAAGCAACAGUUUCCUUUUCAUUCAGCACCAGCACUGGAUGUUGACUGGCAGAGCAACAACACCUUUGCUUCUUGUAGUACAGAUAUGUGCAUUCACGUCUGUAAAUUAGGACAAGACAGACCUAUUAAAACAUUCCAAGGACAUACGAAUGAAGUAAAUGCUAUCAAAUGGGACCCAACUGGCAAUCUCCUGGCCUCCUGUUCUGAUGACAUGACUUUAAAGAUAUGGAGUAUGAAACAAGACAAUUGUGUCCAUGAUUUGCAAGCACAUAAUAAAGAAAUUUAUACUAUCAAAUGGAGUCCAACAGGACCAGGGACUAAUAAUCCAAAUGCCAACCUUAUGUUAGCAAGUGCAUCCUUCGAUUCUACUGUUAGGUUAUGGGAUGUAGACCGAGGGAUAUGCAUUCAUACCUUGACAAAACACCAAGAGCCUGUGUACAGUGUAGCUUUCAGUCCUGAUGGCAGGUAUCUGGCAAGUGGUUCUUUUGACAAAUGUGUACACAUCUGGAACACACAGACAGGUGCUCUAGUUCACAGCUAUAGGGGAACAGGUGGAAUUUUUGAAGUUUGCUGGAAUGCAGCAGGAGACAAAGUUGGAGCCAGUGCAUCAGAUGGUUCAGUUUGUGUAUUAGACCUUCGGAAAUAGCGCUACUAGUUGGAAGCCAUGGACCGACUAUGAAUGUGUACAUAGCCAAAAUGACUGUCCCUGACCCAUGUACUGCUAUAGUCCCACUUGAACCAUGGCCAGUCCACUACAGCCAAAUCUAAAAGAAAUAUAUACAUACAGUGUAUAUAAACAAAAUUGCACCCUGAAGAUGACAGGUUUGUCACAGCUUGUGAAUUUUGUUCACCAAGUGCUGGAAUCUAAUCUGCUGUGCCCCUAAAAUAGCAUUUAGAAGUUUUGGAUAUGAAAAACAGAAGAGAGAAAAAUAUACAUUAUAAAAGCAGAACAUACAUGUACCAGUUUUUGGAUACUAAAUGACAGCCUUGUUUCUCCCCUUUGAAUCAGCAGACACCAUGGAGUAUAUUCUUUUUUCCCUUCAGUAGCGAGCAGUUUGUAUGUACAGAGAAAAUGGACUUACAGAAACUUGCAGCAGUAGUGUGUUCUUGCUUUAACAUUUUGUUUUUGGUUUAGAUUAUGGAUGCAUGAAGUAAGGGAGUGAAUCAGUUUCUUGUUUAUAUUUUUUUCACCUUUUGAACAACAAAAAAAUUCUUUAAAUAUUUUAAUGCAUUCUUUUGAAGAGGUAGAUGUUUGGUACACUUUAUGGCUCCCAGAGCAUAUAUUCAGUUGGUGCAUGUUGUGGAAGGGGAAUCGGAAAUUAAUGAAAACAAAUGACUUUGGUCAUGUCGAUCUGGAAGACACAUCAGUAAAAGGGUAUUAUGCUCUGUUGGUUCUGUUUUUUUGUUUUGUUUUGUUUUGCUUUUCUUUUUCUUUUUUUUAAUUUUUGUUUCCUUUGUUUUUUGGUGAUGUGGCUUAAAUGCAAUAGUUUCUUUUUUGGGACAUAUUUCUGCCAAUUAAUGACUAGAAGGGCACAAAGUUUUUUUUUAAUUACCAUAGAGAAGAUACAUUAAAAAAAAAAAAUCUUCUGAUGUUUUGUAGCCAUAACUAAAUUAUGGUAAAAAUGUGCACUAUUGUGAAAAGGAGCAAAGUAGUUUUGGGUUUUUGUUGUUUGUUUGUUUUGCUUUGUUUUUUAAGAGAUUAAAAUGUUUCUGGAUGAGGAUUAGCUUCUCAAAGUGUCCAUCAUUCUGUGUAGAAGCUUAAAUAUGUAAUGUAAGCAAACUCCAGUAUUAAAAAUCUCUCAAGUUGUUUUCUUUAUACAAAGCAAGAUAACGGCAUAUAACACUGCCAUUACAUGGCAAAAUGUUUGCUACCUUAGUUUAAAGAAAAUCUCUAAAACAAAAGACUUGCUUCAAGGUGUUUUUAAAUAGCAGUGAUUCAGAAUUUUUUUUUUAUGAGAAGUAUAAUUGCACUAACCUUCCUGCUGCUCUGAUUCUGCAUUUGUGGUACUUGUGACUACGUUUUUUCAAAUAUAGAUAGAUUUAAGCUGCUAAUUUUUUUUCCAGUAAUCACUACUAUAUCAUGUCUUUUACUCUGUUUAUAAUAUCAAGUAUUUUCUUAAAGAUAUAGAUAUUAAACCUCUUGUGCUCAUGCAAGUAAGAGUAACAUAUACAGACAAAUGACUGCAUGAGGCUGUGUUUAUAUGUGUGACUAAUAAGGCUUGUCAUGAUUAACAUAAUCCGAGUAUGUCAUUUCUGAAGAGAAUAGUCAUUAAAUUUAUAUCUCAAAGAUUUUAAUUAAGGAAUUGCUUAUUGUUGAGCUUAGCAAAUUAAUAACACUAUUUCUGUCACUAAUUAUUUUGAGGCCUUUUAGUACUAAAAGUUUUGACCUGUGUUCUAAGUUGCAGUAGAAACUGAUUUAACCCAAGUAAUGCAGCUUUGGUUUUCAGCAUUCAUUGCUUUGCUAUUUUUACAAAACAGCAUUGAUUGAAGCAAGUCUUGGUUUUAACUAAGGUAGGGUAGCAUUUGCUAUUGGUAAAGAGAAUAAAUACACUUAAUUUCACAAUACAUUGUUAUCUGUACCCCAGCUGUUGUUAGUGGGGACUAUGAUACUGUAAUAAUAUUUUUAAAAAUUUACAUCCAGAGAGGCAGUCAUUCACGAUGGUUUUGUGCCAGCUCUUUUUAGGGUUUUGGAUCAUAUUAGAGACAUUUAGAGCUUAUUACCGUUUGACUUAUGUAGGAAACCUAAUAUGCUGAGUAUCUGGCACUUGAAUUCCUGCUUUUAUUGCUGGAGGUCCACACCUGUGGUUGACCUCUGUUAUUGUUUAAAAAAAUAAAUAAAAAUAAAAAAAAUCUGUGCAAUAAUUUUAAAAUGUGCUCCCAGGAAUAGACACAAAUGUUUUGAGUAUCUUUUAAGCUGCAUUUUCCUUUAGCGAUGCAUUUGUCAAUUGCACUGAAUUUAAAUCUGAAAGUCAGAGGUGAUUAUUGAUAGUACUUUUGUAUUUUGAUAUGGACAAUUUAUUCAUUUGCAUACAGUUAUUGACUUUUUCCCAGCUGAUUAAAAGAUAGUCAAGAAAUUCUGCAAUAUAGCUGCCAAAAUAGACAGCUACAUUUUUAUGAUAUUGUCAUCUUUUCUGUUUGGUUUUUUUUUCUUUCUGUAGCUAUUUUACUUAAGCAUAACAGCCACAAUAAGACGUAUAAAGAUUAUAAAUACAGAGCUUUAUUAUCCUGACGUCUUGGGUCUUUUAAGUAUACACUUUUCUGAAAGGUGUCCAUUUUGUAGGCUUGGGUUCUUCAUGAGCAUACGAUUGUUUCUUUUUGCUGCUGUUCUCAACAUCACCAUUGCCUGCUGAUGUGCCACGAUGCUGCUCCAAUAGACAGAAAUAAGAUUGUCUCUAAUUUGAGCAGUAACAUGAUUGCAAGAGACCAAGUUUCACAGCUUGUAAAGUUCUGUAUUUGGGAUUCUUGCUCAUUUUUCCGCCUGUGUUUUUCUGAGAACUUAUUCCUGAUGAUCAAUUGAAUCCAGUAGUUUUCUAUGCUCUCUGUUGUUAUAUAAGCUACUGUAAGAAACUCAUAAGGAAAAAUAGAAGGGAAAACUUGAAUGAACACUCAUUGAUUGAAAUGGAAUAAAGAAAGAGCAGCUGCCACUUUUAAACAACAUAAAGGAACAUCUUUUUCGCCUCCAUGUAGGAAAUCCCGUGAGUUCUUACAUUUGUUCCAAUCCCUGUUUUCUGCCAUUGACCAGGUAACAUGAUGGACUUUCAAAUGACUUUUAGAAGUGGUAACUCUUAAUUUCCUAAUAGAUAAUAGAGUGUAUUGAAUUCUGUUUCAUUAUUCUCUAGGUAAGUAUGUUUUAGGAUUAAAUACCUUUUACAGAUACUGAAAGUGCCUCCUUUUGUGGUGUAAAAAAACAAAUUAUGGUGCAAAAAGUAAUCACUAGAUUGAAUUACAUGAAGGUUUUUUGCUUUUUGACAUAUGAAGAUGUCAAGAGAAAGGCCAAAGAUUUGUACUUUUUCACUUAUAAAGCACUCCUGUUUUCCUUACGCUUCUUUCUGUCAAAUUAGAUUUAAUGAGAGAGUACUAUUUUUAAGGAGCUAUCUGUUUAUGUAGAAUGAUUUUGUUAAGAGUAAUGUAAACUAUUAUUGAGUAGAGGCCUAAAGAGGACUGUGCAUUUUUGCUAAAGGAAUCACAAAUGAUCAUACUUAAGUGAGCAAAAAUGACGAGUUUUACUAGAUAAGUAGAGAAAUAAAUCUCAAAUGCAGUGCUACAAUUUUCAUUAUCUGAAGCACAUUUUACAUUUCUACAGAACCUGUGAUGAUUCUCACAUGCUAAGGAUGGUACUUGCAUAUGGUGAAUUACUGUUGACAGUUUCCGCAGAAAUCCUAUUUCAGUGGACCAACAUUGUGGCAUGGCAGCAAAUGCCAACAUUUUGUGGAAUAGCAGCAAAUCUACAAGAGACCCUGGUUGGUUUUUUGUUUUCUUUGUUUUUUCCCCCUUCUCCUGAAUCAGCAGGGAUGGAAGGAGGGUAGGGAGGUUAUGAAUUACUCCUUCCAGUAGUAGCUCUGAAGUGUCACAUUUAAUAUCAGUUUUUUAAAACAUGAUUCUAGUUAAAUGUAGAAGAGAGAAAAAAGAGGAAGUGUUCACUUUUUUAAUACACUGAUUUAGAAAUUUGAUGUCUUAUAUCAGUAGUUCUGAGGUAUUGAUAGCUUUCUUUAUUUCUGCCUUUACGUUGACAGUGUUGAAGCAGGGUGAAUAACUAGGGCAUAUUUUUUUUUUUCUAGUAAGCUGUUUCAUGAUGUUUUCUUUGGAAUUUCUGGAUAAGUUCAGGAAAACAUUCUGCAUGUUGUAUCUAGUCUGAUGUACUUAUCCAUCUCAUUGCAAACAAAAACACGCAGGCUGCAUCUUGUAGCUCUGUAACCCUUGAAUACAGAAGUAAAUUUUCCUCUUUCCUGACUUUGACAUUGUAGCUAUACUGUUUCCAUUUUUACUUUUACAAAUCCUUUGGGUCUAAUUCUGUGAGCCUACCUAUAGCACUGGAUUAAAAUGUCUGCAUCAUUUCUUUAGUUACCCAGUUAACUUUAAAACUGUUGUAAAAGUGUAAACCAGCCCAUGACAGUUUUUUUGUACAUGUUGAAGAACUUCAUUGUUCAGUUUUCAUGCUUAUUGUAUAAGGAAGACUGAUAGAGAUGUUCUGUGCUGUCCUGGACCAUGUUAACUACACUUACGAUGUAUUUUGGUUCCACAUCACAAUGAUUUGUCCCCAGUGACCCUUUUAUCCUUUCUAGGCACAUUUUUUUGUUGUUGUUGUUGCAGUUUCCCUUUGCAUUGUAUUGCUUUGACAACUGUAAUUUGAAUCAGAUCUGAAAGAGGUCCAGAAUAAAAUAUAUUUUGAUAUUA